AUGGAGUUGUUUUAUGUUGUGUUCUUUAUUUGUUCCUUUUCAUAUGUGCAAUGCGACAUUUGCGAUAAUUCAAAUCGGAUUGUAUUAGAGAAAUAUGAAGUUUAUCUAAUUGGAUUUUCCAUGUUAAUAAUGUUCCUAACUACAAUUUGCCUAUCAAUCGCAUUGUAUUUGAUUAGGAAUAAUAUAACUAUAUUUGGAAUAAACAUCAACAAAAAACCUAUCUACAUUAGGCAAGAAUCAACGCAAGGAGUUUCAGUGCGUAGUUAUACUAAUACUGUUAACGACUUACCCAGAAACGACAGUACACUCACAGUAAAUAGUGGCAUAGUAGAAAUCAGUGGAUUAACGGAACCUGAAACACCAAUACGUCUUGAACCCAAAGAUGAAAAGAAAGUUCCAUGUAUUAAAAAGCCUUUAAUGCCAAUAAUACCAACUAUGCAAAAAGCACAAAUGGAUGAUAUAAUAAAACAAGUUUUAUUAAGUAAACGUUCAGAACGUGGCUCAACAACCCUAAGGGAGCUAGAUGCUUUUACAAACCAAAGAACUACCGAAAUAGAUGAAAAAGGAAGUACUUUUAAUGACGCUUCCGCAAAUUCGAACGCUUUCGAUGCGAUAACUAAUGACAAUUAUGAUGAUGAAUUGUUGUAUGUAAAUCUACCUUCAAAACCAAAAAGUCCCUCAAAUUCACGUGAACUUAAAAAAGCAGGUACGAGCCCUCUGAAAGAAGGAGAUUUAGUGGACGGAUUUGCCAAUGAAACCCAUGUAAAAAUUACAGAUGAUAAUGAUGUUUAUGAUAUGUUACCUAAUCAAGUAAGAUGUGUUGAAGAAAGUUCGGACUAUGAUAACAUCAAAAGUGCACCUGUGUAUGAUACUCCUCCAAGAACAAGUUGGGACAAAGGUGAAAGCAAUGACGCAAUUUUAGACCAAGAUACAAAUUAUCUACUACUCUUAUCUAAGAACAGACAUGAUGACGUAACGAGUUACAUCAACGCCAGACAUCGUAAUACACCUUAG